GUCCCAAAUUGAAACUGCAGUGGCUGAAGCGAAAGCGAUAAGACAAAACGUCUUACCUGUACUGUGUCUCUUCAUGUAAAAGCUGGACAGUUACUUACCACAGAUUUGCUUGUAGACACAGGUUCAGCAGUUUCCAUUCUUCCAGAGCAUGUUUACCGCCAGACGUUCCUGCAUAUGCCCCUUAAAAAGCUUACUGUACGUCUAGUGACCUACAUGAAGAAACCUAUUCCUGUCCUUGGAUGUCGUCACCUUACUCUUACAUACUGCAACCAUAGCACGCAAACAGUCUUCUACAUUGUCCGUGAUGGGACUUCUUUGCUCAGAAUGGAUCUUUUCACAGCUCUGCGCCUUCAAAUUCAAGAUGGACACAUUGAACCACCUGCUUCACCAGCAGAGGAUCAAACUGCUGUCAACAACACUGAGGCUUUAGGCAUUGCUACUGGAUUUACCCACAAAGUUAAAAUGCAUUCAGAUGUGCCCCCAGUUCAGCAGAAACUUUGCAGACUGCUAUUUGCUGUUUGUUAUGCUGUUUCAGAGAAGUUGUAAAGACUCAAAGCAGAAGGCAUCAUAGAGAGAGUUGACUUGUCUGCCUGGGUGUCUCCUCUGGUGGUCGUGAAGAAAAAGACUGGUGGCAUUCGUCUUUGUGUGGAUUUACGUGAGCCAAACAGAGUGGUGGUGAUAGUCACCCUUUGCCACACACCAAAGAAGUCUUUACUGAGCUCCGUGGUGCAACUAUGUUCUCCACAAUUGAUUUGGAAAAUGCCUACCAUCAAGUCCUGUUACACCCAAGCAGCAGAGAUCUUACAGCGUUUAUAAAGCAUGACGGACUUUUUUUGUUUUACAAGAGUUCCAUACAGCUUGGCCUCAGCACCUAGUGCCUUCCAGUGGAUGAUGUGGCAGAUUCUGGUAUAUAAAAAAGGUGUGCAAUGCUAUCUAGAUGACAUCAUAGUAUACAGUGAGAUGCCUGAACUUCAUGACAUGAGACUGAAAGCCGUUCUUUAUUGCCUACAAGAGAGUGGAUUAAAGCUGAACACAGCUAAAUGCCACUUCAGGAUGUCUGAGUUGUCCUUUCUUGGGCAUCUCAUUUCUGCCUCUGGCCUACAACCAGACCCUGGCCAUGUUCAAGCUGUGGCCCAAACUCCCCCUCCUCAUGAUGCUCAGUCACUACAUUCUUUUCUUGGCCUGACUUCAUGGUAUUCAAAGUUCAUUCCCAAUUAUGCCACACUUGUAGAACGUCUUUGUGAUCUACUUCGAAAGUCUACUGUUUUCCAUUGGACUGAGGAGGCUCAGAAAAACUUCUCCUGAGUUAAAGACAUCAUAGCUACAAGCCCUGCUUUUGCCUUGUUCAAUCCUUCCUUGCUGACAGUUAUCAUAACUGACAUGUCAGAUUACGGUAUUGGCGCUGUUCUGACACAGAUCCAGGGCCAUACAGAACAGACAGCUACAUUCGCCUCUAGAGCACUGACCGAGUGCGAACGAGAACAUCAAGAUCCUGAGCUGGAGAUGGUGGCUGUUGUGUCAGCUGACUUUGCAGCUGUCACUGCUGAAGAGCUCUCAAGAGCCUGUGAUGCAUGCCCUGUGCUACAGAAGGUGAGUGUUCUAACUACAUUGGAGCGCCGUUUUAACCUGCAGAGUGCUGAUGUGGGUGUGAUCGCCAGCAGCUUUGAGAUUGGGAACCUGGCGCUCAUCCUGUUCGUCAGCUACUUUGGUGCUAGGGCUCAUCGGCCACGUCUGAUCGGCUGUGGUGGAAUUGUCAUGGCAUUGGGUGCACUGCUGUCUGCACUGCCUGAAUUCCUCACUAACCAAUAUGAGUACAAAAACACUGAAUUGUGGAGGAAGGAGCCAGGAAGGGACAUGUGCUCUAAUGUGACAAGAAGAAAUAUGGAGGAUGAUGGCAUAUGCAGCAACAAAUCUAAUACAAACAUGAUGUACCUGCUGCUUAUUGGUGCUCAAAUGCUACUGGGAAUUGGGGCAACACCUGUACAGCCUCUGGGAGUGUCUUAUAUAGAUGACCAUGUGAGAAAAAAAGACUCGUCCUUGUAUAUUGGUAUAUUAUUCUCAACCUUGGUUUUUGGACCUGCUUGUGGCUUCAUCCUUGGUUCAGUCUGCACCAAAUUCUAUGUGGAUGCUGUCUUUGUUGAUACCACCAAGCUGGACAUCACCCCUGAUGACCCCCGUUGGAUUGGAGCCUGGUGGGGAGGCUUCCUCCUCUGUGGGGCUUUACUUUUUUUCUCCGCUGUCUUCAUGUUUGGUUUCCCCUCAUCUCUAUCACAGCGAUAUGGUAACAACAGGACCGAGAGUGAACAGCCCAUGCUGCCAGGAUCACAGAGUUUUGAGCAUCCAAAGCCAAGUAAUGGUGUCCUUCACAACCAUCAUCCUGACAGUUCCUGUUGUGAUCAGCUUCGAGUGAUUCCCAGGGUGACUAAACACCUGCUGUCUAAUCCGGUGUUCACCUGUAUUGUCCUUGCUGCUUGUAUGGAGAUUGCUGUAGUUGCUGGUUUUGCUGCCUUCUUGGGCAAGUACUUGGAGCAGCAGUUUAACCUUACAACCACCUCAGCCAAUCAGCUUCUGGGUAUGACAGCCAUCCCAUGUGCAUGUCUAGGCAUUUUUAUGGGAGGUCUUUUGGUGAAGAAGCUGAACCUCUGUGCUUUGGGUGCUGUUCGGAUGGCCAUGUUGGUCAACCUGAUUUCAACCGCCUGCUAUGUAUCUUUCCUCUUUCUUGGCUGUGACACUGGCCCUGUUGCUGGUGUGACCAUUGCCUAUGAUAAUGAAACUUUGCAGCCAGGCCAAAAACCAGAAGCUCCAUGCAUUAGCAACUGUAACUGCCACACGUCAUCUGUUAGUCCUGUUUGUGGCUCUAAUGGGGUCACAUACCUGUCAUCCUGCUUUGCUGGCUGCACCAGAUCCAUUAGCACUGGAGUGAUUCCUCAACCUUCUCAGUCCAUGCAGAACCUGACAGAAUGUGCAUGCAUUUCUGGUGAUGGGAUUCCAUCCACAGUUGUUCCAGGAAAAUGCCCACGUCCUGGGUGCCAGGAGGCUUUUCUCAUUUUCCUGUGUGUGAUUUGUGCCUGCAGCAUGAUAGGAGCUAUGGCUCAGACACCCUCAGUCAUCAUCCUCAUCAGAACAGUCAGCCCAGAGUUGAAAUCAUAUGCACUUGGUGUACUGUUUCUCUUAUUGCGACUGCUGGGAUUCAUCCCACCUCCUUUGAUCUUUGGUAUUGGAAUUGACUCCACCUGCCUGUUCUGGAGCAGCGAAUGCAACACAAAGGGUGCAUGCAUGCUAUAUGACAAUGUAGCCUAUCGCCACCUCUAUGUGAGCUUGGCCAUUGUACUAAAAAUAAUUGCCUUCCUGCUGUACACCACCACAUGGCAGUGUUUACGCUGCAACUACAAGAAGUACAUCAAGAAUAAUGAGGUGUAUGUGACAUCCCCUGAAAUUUUCUCUUCUGACAUUAAUUUGGAUAGUCUAGGCAAAGAAAUUAACAGGACAAAAUUUAUAUACAACCUGGAAGAUCAUGAAUGGUGUGAAAACAUGGAAUCUGUUUUAUAGUGGCUGGUGCUUGUUAAUGCAUAACUAUCUUCUGAGGAUAACAUUGGUGGUUUAUAACUUUUUUAAAGAAUAGCACUUGAUUUCCUCCAUAUACAGUGAUGUUUAUAGUUUCACUGGUCACUGUCUAUAAUGCACUUUUGGAAGUAAUGCUAAUAAUUCUUAGUCCAAUGUGUGGCUCAUUUUUCAGUUCCAGUAAUCCAUAGUAAGGUCCAUAAAUAAUUUGUCAUUGGCAUGGCUAUUUUUAUUUGAAUACCAAAGUAAAUUUUGAAAGAGAGAAACUAAUAUGAGCUCAAACUGCACCAUUACAGCACUUUUUUAAUCAGCUUAUUAUUAAAGGAACCAGAUAAAAUCUGAUCGAAUCAGAUAAGCAUAGUUAUAAUUAAUCAUUUUUUUCAAAUAAAUUAUGCUUUUAACACACAGUUUUAAAUACUUUGCCGUAAAUUUCUUUGCCUUUAGUCAGGAAUCCAUAGACAACCCCAGAUGCUGGGUUUCCCUGAUGAUGCUCAGGCCUUUACAGCACAUAUUUGCAGUUCUUACUUGGUUUUUGGCUGAAUCUGAGCAGAUAAUAUAGAUAUAUAUCAGAAUUUAUCCUGUUGUUUUUGUCAGCUGCUAUAUGUCAUAUGGUUUUUGUCAGCUCUCAUAUGUCAUAUGUGUUAAAUGGAUUAAAAAAAUACAAGGAAACAGUUCCAGUGGCAGCUAUACAUAUAAGAUGAGGUGGUAUAAGAUGCUAUAAGAUGAGGUGGUAUAGUUUAGAUAAUGAGCAGUUCCUUCCCUUUUUCAAAUUUUUUUAUUUCCUAUCAUUGUGGAAAACAUUGAACAUUUAUGUAUUCAUAGAGUGUUGUUUCAGAACUGUACCAACUUUUGUUGUUUGACAUUUUAUUUAUUUGUUUUAGUUUACUAAAAUUAUUUAGUCCGGUUUUGCUGUUUUUUAAUUUUACCUUUGUAAUCACUCUGGUGAGGAUGUCUGUAGAUUGUUGACUUCACACAGUUGCACCUACCUCCUGGAGAGUGUUUCUUAUCUGGCCAAUUGUCUUAGAUGAGUUUUUCUUCUGUUUUCCACCACUGUUCUUUUGCAUGCUCUUUGGUGUUCCUAAGCUCACCUGUGUACUGAAUGUUGUAAAUUGUUGUUUUGGCCAAAGUUAAUAUUUCUGCUAUGUCUCUGAUUGGUUUGUAUUUUAGCCUAAUCAUGCUUGAUUUGCUGGCAAUGACAGCUCACAGGACUUAAUAUUGCAAGUUAACAGCAGCAGAUUUCAAAUGAAAAUGCCCAUCAUCCCUAGACAUUUUAUCUGUUAAUAAUCAUUAUCUUUAUCUAAAAUAAUGAGGAGGAAAAAUGAUACAAACCUUUUCAUGAAGCCAAUUUUCCAAUUACUUUGGUCACUUAAAAAGGUUGGGGAGCAAAUGUUGUAAUUUCUACACUUCUCACUGUAUUUGGAUGAAAAUUCCCUCAAAUUAAAGCUAUUAAUACUAAAUAUUCAUGAUUUACGGUAAUUUAAACUGCAAUGUACCCUGGUAGAAAGCAAAAAUGGCAACUUUAUCAGUGUUGAAAUAUUUAUGGACCUGACUGUGUUAUAGUUGGUAGUAGAUUUUGGAAUUUUUUGAACAAGAAGCAAAUAUUUAUAUUCACAUGUACUAUACAUGCAGCCACAGAAUGUCAUGUUUUUUUUUCUCAAAUUACUCCGGUGUGAUCUUGGUCCACUUAUUUCCCACAGUUUGGUAACUGUAGUGGGUUAUUUAGCAAUAACUUUGUUGCAGGCUUAUUGGGAGAUUCUCACAAGGAAGGAACUGCAAGUUGCCAAACGAUAUUCUGAUAAACAUUUGCACACAAAGAUAAACAAAGUUGAAAGAGGAGAUGCCAUGGUUUCGGUGAUGUUUUCUGAAAACUUCUAUAAAAUCUGGGGAAACAAAUUUAUUAUUAAAAAACCCAUUACAGUUACUGAAAUGUGAAAGAGACUAGAAGAAGAAUGGACCAAGAUUACACCAGAAUAGAAAUUAGUGAUAUCCUUGUGGCUGCAGCAAUCAUUCAAACAGGGGCCUCUUCAUUUCCCUCUAAGUUAUGAUAACUAACUCUAACUCUGAAAUAUUCUUUCAGUCUACAGUGGUUGUUGUUGUCUACUUUUGAUCACUCUGCUUUCCAUAAAAUAUAUAUACUAUA